UGCCUCCGGCCUCAUUGCUCCCAGCGAACAUCGCGCCAUCGCACCCUCUGGCAGACAUAUCCAUAUCGCUGCAGUCGCUUCCCACAUCCGACAGCGAGGCAUUGGCCGCCAAUUGAUAGCCCGGGACAUCAGCGAGAUCAGCGGUGCCUGCUCCUUGCUUCUACCCUUUGCAUACCCAGGUGUACAUCUCUCAACGGCAGCUCCGUCCAUAAUGUCGACCGUAACGGAGACUCUCCCAGCGGACAUCGCUCCCAUCGCCGGCCCAUUGCUCCUGGGUUACCUCUUCAACUGGGGUCUGUACGGUGUCCUAUCCGUGCAAGUCUACCUGUACCAUCUCGCGUUCCCAAAAGACAGCCGGGUAGUCAAGGCCCUUGUCUACAGUGUCUUCCUCAUCGAGACGACGCAGACAGUACUUGUGACACACGACGCCUUCAAUGCCUAUGCGAAAGGCUAUGGGAACAUAGUCGCGCUCGGCUCAGCACAGCUGGAAUGGUUGGCAGUGCCUAUCUUCAGCGGCAUCGUGAGCGCGACGGUACAGAUGUACUAUGCCUACCGUGUCAGCGUUCUUUCCGGCUCGAGGGUACUCGGCUUGGGCAUCUGCUUAAUUGCGCUGUUACAAGGUUCAUCUGCGGUCGCUCAGGGUGCUCAAGCCUUCAAAAUUGGAAACUUUGCUGACCUGGCGACCGAGGCAUUUGCCAGCUGCACGGUAUGGCUCGCGGGUAGCGCGGCAUGCGACGUGAUCAUCGCAGGAUGCAUGACGUUCCUCCUUCUGAAGAACGACACCAAGAUGCCCGCGACGCACGCCGUCGUGACGAAGCUGGUGCGGCUCAUCGUGGAGACAGGCAUGCUGACAGCCGUCGCAGCAACGAUCGACAUCAUCCUCUUCCUCGCGUUCCCGCACAACUCGUACCACGGCUGCGUCGCGCUCACGCUCGCGAAGCUCUACAGCAACUCGCUCCUCGUCCUCUUCAACAGCCGCAUCCGCAUCGUCGGCGGGCGCAACGCGACCUAUCCCAUCGGCAGCUCGUACAGCUCCGCCGCGACGAAGAGCCAGCCGGGCGCGCACAGCACGUUCCGCGCCGUGCAAUGGGGCUCGCACGGCGCGGCGACGACGACGGCAGGCUCGCUCGGCGGCGUGCACGUGCAGGAGGAGAGCUGGAUCGGGACCGACCCCGAGUCGAUACAGAUGGAGGAUCAGUCUACUAAGAAGCCUUCGAGCCUGGCGCCGGAGGUCUAGAAAACGUCUGCUCACGCUUCUUCUCGCCAUCCCUUCAUUGUCUGCAACUUGGGCCUGUGGAACGCCUGUAAUCGGGACGGAAUAAUCAUGGCUGCUGUGCUGUUGUCGUGUUGCUGUAAGCUAGUGUACUAUAUACUCCCAUGUGUAAUAUGCGGAUGUGACAACAUGAUGGUUGAGACCGCGGAUCACGG